AUGGCCACGAUUCAGGACGAGAUAGACGUGCUCGUGAAGGCUGACAAGCGCCUUACGCAGCAAGUUCAGGAGAUCCGGUCCGUGCUGAAUGGACAACUCUCCGAUGACUUGCAGGCGCUGGCGAAAAGAACGGAGUGGAACCGCGACGCUAUCGUAAAGGUGGCAACACUGUCGCAAGGCGAGUUGCUGGCGCUGCUUUCGAAGGUCGGCUCUCUCAGCCAGGAGCUGGGCGAGGUCAAGCAAGAGGCAGCGCAAGUGCUGCCAGAGGCGCAGUCGGCAGCCCAGCAAGUGGAGAAGGAGGCUAAGGAGAACAGGGCGGAGGAAGCAGCGAAGCUGAAGCAGGUGGCCGAGUGGCUGCAGUCUGAGUUCAGCCGAGAGGAUGCUCAACUCAAGAGCAUGAUGGAGGAGACGAAGAAUGAAGCUGAUGCGGCAGCAAAGGCCACGCAAAACUUGCUGAAGGAGAAAGAUUCGCAGCUGGAGCUCCAGAUCGAGGAGAGCCGCCGCAAGAUCGCCAAUGUCACACGGAUGGUCGAGAAGAGUCUGCCGCAGGAACGGCUGGACUUCCAGCAGCAGCUCGGUGAGAUGGGUCAGAAGCUCGAGGCUGUGGCGCUGGCUUUCGAGGAUUCGCGUCGGCGGAACCAGGAUGAGCUACAGCUGCAAUCAAACCAGCUGAUGCUGCUUCAAAAUCACCUGGACAAAGCGAACGGCAGAUACGAGUCGGUGAACGAGACACUGGACGGUAUCGUGCUGUGGCAGCGGGUGAACUUUUAUGUCAUCAUCCCCUCUUUGCUGAUUGGCAUGAUCGGCAUUCUGGCUUUCCAUUGGUACGGUGAGCACCCGUGGCAAGGACCAGUGAGUGCCAUCUCUUCGGCACCGUUGCUGGAGCCUUUGCUUCCAGCUCCUGUCCGUGCAGAUUCCGAGAUCUCCUUUUCCGUGGUCACGCCGCAAGCAUUAGCAUCUGCAGCCGUCCAGGUGCACCGAUUUCUGCCUGGUAGCACCUUCAGCUCCACCGAGGGCACUGUGGAGGCCGAAGCCUUGCGGCCCAAGACUGUCGUGCGCAGCGCUGUCGGAACGCCUUUGGAGGUACUCUCUGUGACGUUUCGCCAUGUCAGCGAGUGCGAAGUGGUCGAGCUGACCCUGAACGAGGACCUUCCUGCGACAACUGUAGUUGCAAGCCACCGCGUGAUGAUUGUGGGACAGCCUGGUUCUUGCCGGCAGGUGGUUACCGCCUCCGAGCUCUGCGUUGGCGACCGUAUCGCCCUUGCUGGGGCCGACGCGGAGGUUUGCGGCGUAUGCCUGCGGUCGGUCGGUGAGGUCACUGUCAUCGAGGUGGAGUUCAGCUCGGACGAACCAGUUGGGACGCUUUUGGACGUGGGCGAUCAGCAGCUCAACUUCCACAUCGUAUGA